AAAAUACACAAAUCAUGGACGAAUCCCAUAAAAUGGGAUUCCUCGGAGCCACGUCAUAUGUGAUCGGUAAUAUUAUCGGGUCAGGAAUCUUUAUCACACCAGCAUCAAUUCUUCGAAAUGUCGAUAGUAUUGGUCUGAGCUUGCUCAUUUGGGUGCUCUGUGCAGUUAUUGCUAUUUUGGGUGCAAUUUGUUACAUCGAAUUAGGCACCUCAAUUCGAGAAGCCGGCUGUGAUUUCGCUUACAUUUGUUACGUGAAAUGGUACUCAAUUGCUUUUGCGUUCAUGUGGGUCUCCGUCCUGAUGACAUAUCCCGCCACAAUUGCAAUUUGUGCAGAAACGUUCGGGCAGUACCUUAUAGAGGGUCUGAAACAGUACUACGAAAUCGACGAUGCCCUCGUGCCGACGUGCCAAAAGUUGUUUGCGUAUUCGUUAUUAUUUCUCGUCACGUGGAUGAACUUCUUUGAGUUGAGCAAGUUUGCAGCUCGCUUUCAAAUUCUUGCAACAAUCGCCAAGCUCUUCUCGUGUAUGCUCAUCAUCGGGACCGGCUUCUAUUUUUAUUUCGUGAAAGGAUGGCAUGGCUAUUUGGAAAACCCGAUGCAAGGUUCAAAAUACGGAACUGGUAACCUUAUCCUAGGAUUCUAUGGUGGUCUCUGGGCGUUCUCCGGGUGGGACGUGCUCAACUAUAGUACCGGAGAGAUCAAGCAUCCGAAGCGAAACGUGCCCUUUGCACUACUCACCGGAAUCAGUGUCGUCACGGCGAUCUACGUGGCGAUCAAUGUGGCCUACUUCGUGGUGCUCGACGUGGAGACGGUGAAACAAUCGGAUGCAGUCGCUGCGAUUUUUAGUCGUGAGACGCUUGGCGAUUUUGCGAACGUCGUGCCCUUUCUCAUUGGUAUUCUGCUCAUCGGAUCGUUGAACAGCAACCUCUUCUCGGGCAGCAGGUACAUGUAUGCGGCGGCCAGGCAAGGACAUCUUCCAGCAUGCUUCUCGUGUGUCAAUACAGAGACAGAGUCGCCAAGGGUGGCGGUUCUAGCGCAGAGUGUCCUCGCGCUUGUGAUCUCCUACAUCGGGGACCUCGACACCCUCAUCACCUACGUGAUGUUCGGCUUCUGGGCUCAGAGAAUCUUCAGUCUCGUCGCCCUCCUCAUCAUCCGCCACAAUCACAUUCCGGUGCAUCCCGACGCGGUUCGAGUUCCGCUUUUUUGUAUCUAUCUGUUUUUGGCGAUCACCGUGGCUCUUGUCAUCAUCCCAAUCUUCUAUGAGUUCCAGUCAACUGCGCUGGCUAUCGCGAUUUGUCUUUUCGGAUUCGUCUUGUACUAUGUCUUCAUUCACAAGGCGAUUUUCCCAAGAUGGCUUGUUGCUCUUAACAAAAAAGUAACCUUGUGGUGUUGCAUAUUAUUCGACUGCCUGCCAGAUGUCAAAGGCGGUGUCCAGCUUCUUGCGUCCGACAGUUCACAGGCCUUGCUUUCUGAGAGACUCUCAUCGACGCGGCUUUCUGACGACAGUUUCCCCGAUCUCCACUCUGAUGAGAAAAAUAUUAUGCGAAGGAAUGGUAGUGCAGCUGGAUUGAAAAUGCUAAUCUCCAGUGUGCCGUCAUCUCUUGUGGAUCUUAUCAGUGAUGUUCAGUAGCUUAUCAUUGCUUCUUUUUUCCGGAAUCAUUCUCUUCCAUAUGGGUUAAUCUGUUGUCUACAUUGCUCAUUAUUUUCGUUGUUUUCAGCCAAUAUAUUCAUCUUUUUUCUUUCUUUUUGAUAGAUAAUCGUGUUUUUUUUUGUUUUUUCUUCUUGUAAUUGUUCUUAUUCGACUAAAAAAAAUGAAAAGAAAAUAAAUAAAGAAAUAAUAAAUAUAAAUUUAAAAACUCGAAAAAAAGUCGAAAAAAA